GUCCUGGAGGACUACGCAGAUCCCUUUGAUGCGGCGCAGGUGGCUGGUAGCCAGGCAGGGCUGGAGAAGGUGACGGAGAACGAUGGCUACAUGGAGCCGUAUGAAGCCCAGAAGAUGAUGGCUGAGAUCCGCCAGAAGGGCUUACGGGAGGCUCCCGCCCGGCCGCUGCACCUCUACGACACUCCCUAUGAGCCUGUGCUUGGAGGGAUGGACACGGACAGUGACCGCCCGGCUUGCCCCAGGCCCAGGGAGUCCCGGCUGCCUGAGGACGACGAGCGGCCGCCAGAGGAGUAUGACCAGCCCUGGGAGUGGAAGAAGGAGCGGAUCUCCAAAGCCUUUGCAGCGCCCUUCAUCGGGGAGAGGAUUGACCCUGCCCUGCCCCUGGAGAGCCAGUGCUGGUACCACGGGGCCAUCAGCCGGACGGACGCGGAGACGCUGCUGAGGCUGUGCAAGGAGGCCAGCUACUUGGUGCGCAACAGCGAGACCAGCAAGAAUGACUUCUCCCUCUCCUUGAAGAGCAGCCAGGGCUUCAUGCACAUGAAACUGUCUCGGACCCAAGAGAACAAGUACGUGCUGGGUCAGCACAGCCCGCCCUUCGACAGCGUGCCCGAGAUCAUUCAUCACUACGCCAGCCGCAAGCUGCCCAUCAAGGGGGCUGAGCACAUGUCCUUGCUUUACCCGGUGGCUAUCCGUACCCUAUAG